UUUUUUUGAAACAAGUGGAACAUGGCUGGACAAGAAGGUAAAAUUACUUAUGUGAAUAACGAUGAUACUGAUUGUAUUAAGAAAAUCAAAGAAAAGACUGGUAUUACGGCGGGACCAGACGCUAAAGUCAAGAAAUUUACAUGAUGAGGAUCAAUAAGUUAUCAAUGAUUACAUGAAGGGGUCAAUGAUGUAAGAAGUUUGCUGACCCCUGCUCUAGAUGGUUACAUAUUUGACUCAAUCCUUGAAACAAUGCAGUUCUUUUCUAAAUUUUUAACCAAUAGCCGAUGUUGUACUUUGGUAAUUUAAUAACAUCCAAAGCAAUGGGAGACAAGUCAUCCUCUUAUAGAAGUUUUUACCUGAGUCCGAAUUCUGUGAUUAAGGGUUUGCAGAACCAAUGUGAAGAGUAAAGGGCUCAGAAUGGAGCCUUAAUGAAUAUCUACUACCACCUCAAAUUCUUCACUGGUGACAGGAAAGAAGACUCUGGUGACAAGGAAGUGAAAACAGAUGACCAGUCGAAAAAAGAUGAAGCUAACAAAACAAAAGACAAAAAUGAUGAUUUGGUUGGAGAGGACAAAAUGUUUAAGAAACCAACUAAGCGUCUUGGAGACACUCCACUCGACUUGACUGUGUCCACGUCGAAAAAGAAGAAAGACGAUGGCUUGCAGAACAGCACGGACAUGCAGAAUUCCAAUCUAAUGUACAAUGAAGAGGAUGAGGAUGAAGACGAAGAGGAAGACGAAGACGAAGAUGAGGAUGAAGAAGACGAAGAAGAUGAAGAGGAUGAUGAGGAAGAAGACGAGGAGGAUGAAGAGGAGGAGGCAGAGGAAGAGACUUAAAAUCCUUCUGGUUGCUUAUUUUAGUUGAACUGUCCCAGUUGUGCCUAUAAUAAUAACGAUAAUAAUAAUUUUAAUUGAUAAUUAUAAUGAUAACAGUAAUGAUAAUUAUAAUAAUAAUAACGAUAACAGUAAUAAUAUUAAUAAUAAUAGUUAUAAUGAUAAGUUCUAAAGUGGUCAGUGGUAUUGCUGCAAGCUGCUGACUGUUAUUGGAGAAGCAGGACUUCUAUGCUGGAGCUAACUGGUAGCAGCAG